ACCACGGUCGCCAUUUGCGCCACGACCACUGUUGGAUACUGAGUGAAAAGUGUAAUUAUAGGUUAUCCGUUAAAGUGCUAAUUUUACAAGUUAAACGUGCAACGAAGUAGCAAUAAUAUAUUGGGAUCACAUUUUAACUACAUAUAGUAUUAGAACGCGCAUGUAGUGUGUUUAAUAAUUCUCUAGAAGAAUAGCAAUGAAAAACGUAAUACCUCAACAAACCAGUGAUAACCUUAUGAUCAUAGUGCCUAAAUGUAAUUAUAAUUGUUGAACGGAUAUUGUCAUAUUCGAGUACAGCUUACGGACGGACCGUGUGAUAGAUUAGUGUUAAAAAUAUUUAAAUAAGUGUUGCAAGCAUGAAAAUACCAGAGACGAGCAACGUUGGCGCUUAUUAUGGCAACGAGGAGAACGGACAGUGGCAGCCAAACGGUGUGAUCAUAGACAACGGAGUGGGCGGCGGCGUGGUCGGUAGCGGCGACGCGGGCGUGCACAGGCCGCCCGUAUACCCAGUACACAUGCCCAGGGGGCCUAUGCCGGGCUACGUGAUGGCAGGCGCUUACUACCCGGCCGCGUACCCGGCGGCGGCGGCGCCGCAGGACGACUUCGCCGACUACAUGUGGAUGGAGAACGAGGAGGAGUUCGAUAAGCAGGUGAUGCAGCAGUUGGAGGAGGAGGCGUUGAUGGAGCAGUGCAUAGAGGCGAUGCUGGAGGACGAGCAGAGGGAACGGCACAGGCCCGUGACGAACGGACACAACAACUUCGCCACAACGAGCAACGGCACCAACUCAGUGUCGCUGCAAGAGGCGGUGUCCCGGUCCACACUCAACCCUCUCGCCGCUGAGUUUGUGCCCAGCAGAGCUAGACAACCGCCAGAAGAGAAGCAAGAUCCGCCGGAGACGAAGGAAGAUUCGGACAAACCAAAGGAAGAUAUACAGCCGUCUAGCGAAGCGGAGAGCCAGGAGAAGAUAGAAGUCACAGAAGUAAAGAAGGAAGAAUCAUCGCCGCAAACGGAGACGCCAGAGGUGAGCGCAGCGGACGUGCAGCCGAUAGACGAAACGGACGCGAAGUCAAAAGAGAAACCCAAGCAAGGCAAGACGGAGACGAAGAAACCGGCGAGAGCCGCGGACGCCAAGCCGAAGCCUCGGCGGGAAGCGAAGGCGAAGAGUGCGCCGUGCGACCAGCAAUGUGAGGGCAACAGUGUUAAAAGUGUGCAGAGUGAAGUGAGAAGUGUUAAAAGUGAAGUGAAAAGUGUCAAAAGUGAAGUGAAGUUGAGCGAUGAUGAGAAGGAGGAUGGUGCGGAUGUUCUGAAGCAAACCUCGCCGCCGCCAUCUGACGAGCCCGCAUCGGGCGUCAAGCCCAUCAACUACGCGGCGGCCGCGAGAGCGAACAAAGCGAAGAAGUCCACCACGCCGCCCGCCGCCGACAAACCGACACCGCCGGCCGCCGUGAAAGCGGACAAACCGAAAGAGAAGGCGAAGGACAAACUUGUAGCGAAGACCAAAACUGACAAAGCAGUGGUGAAGGCCGACAAACCGAUCCAGAGGAAGAGUUCGACGAAAUAAUAAUACCGAAACCGGCUGGUUGCGUUUGGCUCGAAAUUUUAAAUGUACAAAAAUAUUUUGUAAGCGACUGUCUUGUGGGGGGGGGCGCGUUGACGGGUUUUUGUGGUUUAUUUAGUGACUAGUAUUCGCCCGCGGCUUCGCACGCGUUUCGUUCGAAGUAAAUUAGCCCCUCCCCUCCUUCUGUUUUUCUACAUAUUACAUUCUACAUAUAAACCUUCCUCUAUAAUCACUCUGUUAAAACAAAACAAAACAAAAAAAACCCCCAUCAAAAUCUGUUCGUGCGUUCAGAAUUUUAAAGAUCCAAGCACACGGACACACAAACGGUGGUAAGCGAUUUUGUUCUAUACUAUGUAGCGAUUACAUGUUGAAAAAAUCAAAUGUCGCAAGUGAAUAACGAAUAAAUAUAUACGUCAAAAUUAUUGAUAUAAUAUUGAUUUUAAUUUGUCAACAAAUUAUAUUGAAAAUAUUGAUAAAUUGAAGUACUAUGAAUGAAUAAAUUUAAUUACAGUUUGAACAGGUAAUAAUCAAUUGUACUUCCAUACAUUUGUAUGGUUGAACACAAAAAAUCAUGCCUAUCUGUUGUAUUAUAUGUUUUUUAUUCUAAUAAAAUGUGAAAUGGAUUGGUAGUUCAAUUUAUGAAAUUCUCAGACACUUUUGAGACUUGAUAUAUUUAAUUUUGUAAUCGCUACAAUACUAUUCUGUUUUACUAACAGUAGCUCUCGUGUCUCCACAACUUACUUAUUUUCGACCAACUUCAAAAAAGGUGCACGUUCACAAAUCGUCUGUAUUUUUUCUCACAUAAAAUGUUUACUACUUUUAUCAACCAACUUUUAACUAUCCAACUUUAUUUGAUCAAUCUUACAUACUAAUUUUCAACUAACUCACACAAAUGAUAUUUCAUAUUCCCAUAUUGGACCCCGUGUGGCAGCAUUAAGAAGCGAUUAUCUUAAAUAAAACCACAUUAAAACCCGUCAAUUUCAAUUAAACGUUAAUUAAUUGCAUAGACUAUUUACUUGGUUGAUUCUAUAUUGACUUAGGUAUAGUAAAAUCGAAUUUUGUCGGAGACAACAAAUAAAAUAAUAAAAACAAUAACACAAACUAUAUAAAUAUUCAGCAAUAUUUUAAAUUUAAUUAAAGGUAAGGCUUCAUAGGUUUUUUUAUAAUAAAAAUAGUAGCUUCAAAUAUAAGCUAGGAUGUUAUGGUACAUAUAAAAAUCGAAAAGAGAUGACAAAAAGAUGGCAUUUAUCAUGUCUUCUCACACGCCAGACGGCUAUCAGCAUCUAUUUUACUCGCACUCAAGAGGUGAAAGUCAAUUAUGAAAUCAUAGCACAGAUUAAAUAUAUUAUCAAAUCGUUUAAUGUUAUCUGUGGAAGUCGACAUAUAAUAGAAAUCUGGUAAGUGUUAUUAUUAUUUUAUUUGUUUGAAUUAUAAGCCCAGGUUGUAGUCUAAAAAAAGAGCAUGUUAAAUGUAGGUAGAUAUGGUUUUUUUUCUUUAGGGAUUUCACAAAGCCCCUAUUUUAAUGUAAAAAUAUUAUUAUUAAUGUAAAAUUUUUAUUAUAACUUGAAAUAUAUAAUGUGAUAAAUAUCCAUGUUGCAUUUUUUCCUUACGAAAAAAUUGAUAAUUGACAAAAAAAGAAAAAAAAAAUGUAAAAAAUGUCCUAAAUAUAUGAUAAUGUUGAUAAUAAGUUUAUAAAUCUAAAAAUUAUUAUAUUAGUUAUUAGUUUGUGGGCUGUGCGGUUUGUUUAAUGUCGAGUAUUAUGUAUUUAUCACAUUUUUAUUUGUUUAAUAUGUCGCCAUUUUUAUAAUGUACAUCUUUAAGCGCACAUAUUAUCAUUUUAUUAUAUGUAUAAAGUUGCCUAUCACAAAAUACUAAUUUCUAAACCCGAAUUGAGCGAUACUAAUCGCUAUUUAGUUUGUAUAAACUUAAAAUUGUAAUGAGAAAUAAUUUGUUAAAAUGUCUCAAACAAAAAGGAUCUUUUAUGAUAAAGAUUAUAUCGUUGAAAAAUUCGGGUAAUUUUUUUUUUGUAUGUAAAAAUAGGUUUAAAUUAAUUAAUAAUGUUGAUUUAUUUCCUUGAAAAAAAUAUGUAUAUACAUAUAUAUUAGAUAUUUCAGCACUAAAAGUCGCGGUGCAAUAACACCUUACUCAUUUAUAAAUAAUAAAAAAAUGACAGCAAAAAGGCCGCAUAGCCCAUUUAGCAUAAUGCAGUCCAAUAUUCUAUACUAGAUAAUGAAAUUAAAAAAAAAAUGUACAUUUACCUAUUAUAUUAAACAAUGUAUAUUGCACGAUUGUGUGAGAUAUUUUAGUGUAGCACUAAGUUUAAAUUAGUAUUGAAGUGUAGUCAAUAUAUUUUGAUAUUUUCGAAUUGCUAUUAUGGAAAAAAAAAUUGGGUGUGAACACAGGUUUGGCGCGGCAACAGCUGUCAGUGUCAAUUUUGAUGCAAAUGGCGGGAACGCGCUCGUGCUAAGAUGCAAUAAAUAUUGUAUUUAUAAUGUUUCUUUUUCGUUUGUUAGAAUUAAUGAAUAGCGUGGGUAGCAAAGCCUAGAUCUGGAUAUGUGAAAGUGUUAAAUAAUAGGAUGAUAACGUUUAGAAAAGUGCUAAAUUGUAUUGCCUCGUUUUCCAUGCUAAUUUACGAAGCUUUUUUUCGACUAGUGUUCGAUUCGAGGGAGCAUAGCAAAUUGACGAAAAGUUAGGUGCCUGGUACAAGAUCAGUUGCUGUCGCGCCAAACUCACGAUGUGGGUUUAGACUUUAUUUUGCAUAGGGAUGUUUAAAGUUUAAUAAUAAUAGAUUAUAAUAAAGUUAUUGUUUUAUUUAGUUGUAGACUGUUUUAACAUAAUAUAUGAAUUAUCUAGCAACACCUUGUGACAUACAUAAUUAAUUUUAUUGAUUCUAGAAGUGGUUUUUUUGUGCAUAAAGGUUUGUUUUGAAUACAUACAUAGGGUUUUAGGUCAGGUUUCUAGAUUUUGUGUUUAAGUGAAAUUAUAUGUUGCAUAUUUUUAUUUGAAUUGAUAACUUGGUACGCUUCCUUACGUAACGAGUUACGGCCCCAGUCUACCCGGGCUUCCCGUUCUAUCACGCAAACGGUUAGAUUCGUUAAAGUUAUCACUUCUGUCGGGCGUCCCGAAAGAAUCGAAAAUUUUUCAAAUCGAAAAAAAGUUUUUUUUUAAAUUUCGAUGACUGGGAAUUUUGACUAAUAGGUAUUCAGCAAUAAAUAAUAACGAAUAAAUGAAGCAUAAUUUUCGUUCAUACGAUAUGUAUUUGUAAAUUUUGAAGUUAUCAGUAUUGAUAAAACAAAUUUAUCAAUGUAUGCUAAGUUAUAUGAAUGUAAAAUUUGGAAAGGUGAACUAAAACUAUUAAAAUUAAGUUGUUUUUUAGUUGAUAAGAUCGCAUGGGUAUCUAAUUGAAAUUUCUAAAAUUUUCAAAAGAUGUAUGUAUGUAUUUUGUGUAUUAUAUUUUUUUUGUAUGGAUCCGUGCGAUGGAAAAUUCAAUUCUCAGUUAUAUUAUUAUUCAUAAUUUAAUAUAAAUUAUAUGUAAAAAUGAUUCGUCACAAUUAAAAAUAUCUAAUGUUAGACGGAUUUUGUCAAUAUAUGUACAACAUGUAACUGAAA